ACACGUUUGGGAAAGUGAUGAACAUGGCGACUGGAAGGCGCCUCCUGGCUGCUGCGCGUCUGCUUGGCAUCUGGCUCUCCGCUUUUGUGGGUGUGAGCCGUGGAGCCGAGCUGUCGUUCACGUUGGAGCCCAGUGACAUCAUCGCGGUACAGGAACAACCACUAAUGCUGCACUGUCAGGUGGAAGGUAUUCCACCAAUCACCACGCAGUGGAGGAGGAACAGUGCGCUCUUACUGGAGGAUAAGAACUACACCACCUUCAUUAAUGGCUCGCUGCUGAUUGGACGAUUCCAGAGAAGCAGGAGUGACGGCUCUUCGGAUGAGGGAGACUACGAGUGUGUGGCCCAGAAUUCCUUUGGGCUGGUCGUCAGUCGCAAGGCUAAAGUACAGGCUGCCACGAUGGCGGAGUUUCACGUGCACCCGCGCUCAGUGCGAGCGGAUUUAGCAGGUGUUGCACGUUUUCAGUGCCAAAUCCACGGUCUGCCCGAGCCGGUCAUCAGCUGGGAGAAAGAUGAUCGUGCUGUGGACACAAGUGACGAGAGGUACACACUGUUACCCACAGGUGUGUUACAGAUUACAGGUGUUCGCCUGGAGGACAGCGGAGUGUUUUGCUGUGUAGCUCACAACAGUGCAGGAGUCAAACACAGUGCUGGAGCUCGGCUCACUGUCUCAGGCUCACAGUCUUCUGUUUACAAAGACCCCAUGAUCCUCGUGGGUCCUGAGAACCUCACUCUCACCGUGCACCAGACAGCCAUCUUGGAGUGUGUAGCUACAGGGUUUCCUCGCCCCAUCGUGUCCUGGAGUCGCCUCGACGGGCGUCCGAUUGGCGUUGAAGGCAUCCAGGUGUUGGGAACAGGCAACCUGAUGAUCUCAGAUGUCCGUGUGAAACACUCAGGCGUCUACGUUUGCGCAGCCAACAAACCAGGCACUCGUCUGCGUCGAACAGCUCAGGGUCGCCUGGUGGUUCAGGCUCCAGCGGAGUUCGUUCAGCCUCCUCAAUCCGUCGCACGUCCCGUCGGCACCACCGCCAUCUUCACGUGCCUGGCACAGGGCGAGCCGUCUCCUCAGCUCACGUGGCUAAAGAACGGCCAGAUCCUGGAACCCGGUGGUCACGUGAAGCUCAGGAACAACAACAGCACGCUGACUAUCUCCAGCAUCAGCCAGGAGGAUGAAGCGAUAUAUCAGUGUAUAGCGGAGAACAGCGCUGGCUCUUCUCAGGCCAGCGCUCGUCUCACGGUCCUGUGGGCCGACGGGUUACCGGGCAUCCCGAGUGGUGUACGUGCAGAUGCCCUCUCGCCCACCUCCAUACAGGUGUCGUGGAACGAGCCAGCUCAAAACACACAGGACAUCAUCGGCUACGUGCUUCACAUCCGCAAGACUGCAGACCCAGUAGAAAUGGAGUAUCAGGAGGCGGUGAGUAAAGUCACACUCCAGCAAGUGGUCGCCGAUCUCGAACCGUCCACCAGCUACAGCUUCUAUGUGAAGGCUUACACGUCACGUGGAGCGAGCAAAGCCUCCGCCACAGCACAGGAGAGCACACUCGGAGAAGUUCCUGCUCCUCCGUAUCUGCACACUAAGAUGAUGAACUCCAGUGUGGUUCAAGUGACCUGGGAGCCGUCGGCUAAAAUGGGUCAACACGACGGCUUUAAGAUUUAUUAUCGCAAAGCACACGAGCCGCAGUACACAGGACCCGUCACCUUCAACCGCAACGUCACACACUACAACAUCUCUCUGAUGGAUCCAGCAGCAGUGUAUGAGAUCAAGGUUCUUGCGUUUAAUCAGUACGGAGAUGGAAACGCAACUCUGCGCUUUGUAUCUCUGAAGGAGGCUGUGGAGAAGUCAGUUUCAAAUACUCCAUGUGACUGUAUUAAGGAAGAGAAUAAAAGUUCUGCUACUGGCAUCAUCAUCGGCAUCCACAUCGGAGUCACAUGCAUCAUCUUCUGUGUCCUCUUUCUAAUGUUCAGCUACCGGGGAAGGUUAAUGGUGUGUAAGACAGCUCAGGCCGCUCCUCAGGUGGGACGUGACGUGAUGGUUCCUGCAGCAGCCGUGGUUCUGGAGUCUUCCUCGUCUUCACAGGGAGCUCUGCCUCUCAACGGCUUGCACACGUCCGGCAUCGACAGUAACGGCGUGAACUGCAUCGGUGUCUCGAGCGAGAGGGAAAGACUCGUUUCAGGUCCAACUGAUGCUGCGCACAUGAUGGAAAACUUGCUAGCGUCCUGUUCUCUAAACGAAACUCAGCUCUCCACGCUUCCUCUGGAUGAUUUCAGCCUGAUGGAUGAACACCAGGUAUCGUAUCGCUCCGAAGUCCAGGUGGAUGAAGGAUAAACGUGGGCUG